ACUGCCCCUCCCCGGUCCUCUUCUCCCUCCAGAUUCUUCUCCCAUCGGUCAAAGAUUCUCCGCGCUGAUCAGACAAGCUUCCUCUCAUUUUCUCUCAUGGUAAAACUGGUGCUGACGGCGACGGCGACGAGGAGGAGCUGGUGAGGUGGAGAUGGAUUUGACUGAGGGCGUCGGAGAGAGCUCGUCGCCGCCGAGGAGCUUUGUGAGCUUCAAUAACUACGAUGUGAGGAACGACGUCUAUAGCCGAUUGGUGGAGAGCGGUCAUCCUCUGGCUUUGACUCAACCGGACUUCCGUGACCAGUUGGACGCUCACUUCAAUCGCUUGCCUGCUAGUUAUGGGCUUGACGUAAACAUGGACCGAGUCGAAGAUGUUUUGCUGCAUCAGAAGCUUCUUGCGUUGGCAAAGGAUCCGGAGAAACGGCCUGUUUAUCAUGUCCGUUUCUUGGAGAGCAUCUCUACGGCGGGGACGGAUGAUGAUGAGGAUGAACAAUUCACUACUAGUGUUUCAACCUCAAGGCUAUCAUGUAAUGAAAUCAAUGAGGGAUCUGCGCAACCACAUGAUAGGCUCGGAGACCUAAAUUUGGACGUUAAAAAGAAUACUCAGGAUGUUGAUGAAAGAGAUCUGCUGGAGAGAUUUCCCAAAAGGCAAGAUACAUCGCGUAUACUCACUCAUGAAGUAAUUUUUUCAUCCAUUGACAAGCCUAAGCUUCUUAGCCAGCUUUCUGCGUUACUUUCAGAUAUAGGACUUAACAUCCGUGAAGCACAUGUCUUCUCGACCACUGAUGGCUACUCCUUGGAUGUAUUUGUGGUGGAUGGAUGGCCUGUUGAGGAAACAGAUGGUUUAAAUGAAGCUAUGGAAAAAGCAGUUGCUAGAAGUGAGGGAUCGUGGUCAAGAUCUUCACAUUCCCAUUCAGCUGGAGAGAAAAUGAUUUUGGCACAAGAAAAACCUGGAAGCUGGGAAAUAGACAGGAGACUGUUGAAGAUAGGAGAAAGAAUUGCAUCUGGAUCCUGUGGAGAUUUGCACCGUGGAAUUUAUCAUGGUCAAGAUGUUGCUGUUAAGAUUCUACGAUCUGAGCAUUUAAAUGCUGCUCUAGAGGAUGAGUUUGCUCAAGAAGUGGCCAUUCUAAGAGAGGUCCAUCACAGAAAUGUUGUGCGUUUUAUUGGUGCAUGCACGAAGUCUCCACAUUUAUGCAUAGUGACAGAGUACAUGCCUGGUGGAAGUCUCUAUGAUUAUUUGCACAAGAGUCGUAAUGUCUUGAAGCUUUCUGAACUGCUAAAGUUUGCAAUUCAUGUGUGCAAAGGAAUGGAGUAUUUGCAUCAUAAUGACAUCAUCCAUAGGGAUUUGAAGACAGCAAAUCUGCUAAUGGACAGUAACAAGGUUGUAAAGGUGGCCGAUUUUGGUGUUGCUCGGUUCCAAACACAAGGGGGAGUAAUGACUGCAGAGACUGGAACCUAUAGAUGGAUGGCACCUGAGGUUAUUAAUCAUCAACCAUAUGAUCAGAAAGCAGAUGUGUUCAGUUUUGCCAUUGUACUUUGGGAGCUGGUCACAGCCAAAGUUCCAUAUGAUACAAUGACUCCAUUACAAGCUGCCUUGGGAGUUAGACAGGGUCUGAGACCUGAACUUCCUACUAACGCACACCCCAAACUGUUAGAAUUAAUGCAGAGAUGUUGGGAUGCAGUUCCUUCCAACCGGCCAGCUUUUUCUGACAUAGCAGUAGAACUUGAGACCCUCGCACAAGAAGUCCAGGGUAAUUCAGAAGCUGCAAAUGGCACGUGAGACUCAACUCUAAGAUGUGUGCAUCUCAAAAAUUUUCUGGAAUGUCCAUCUUCUCUUUUUGCAACAUUCCAACCGGCUCAAUUUAGGCGUUUCGGAAUUGGAUUAGGACCUUGUUUUUUUGGCAGGUUUUUCAGAUGAAUAUAGAGGUUAUAUUGUACGAGCAAAGAAAAGAGAAAGUAAGGUGUUUGAAUAUCGUUCUGGUCUGUUUUGAACUCUUUUAAGUAUAUUGUAAAAAAAAAAGUGCUUUUGAGUACGGAAAUGUAUACUUUUCCACUAGAUAUCAUGUAAGAAAGUAACAGUUUGGUUAGAUGGAAAGUUUGGUGUCAAUGUAAUCCCAACACGAUGUGCAAUUGUGUUGAAUAGUUGUAAAUUUACCUCUUUGUCUGUAUAUUUCAUCUAUCUAGUAAUUUGGUAUUUUCAGA